UUUAGGAUAUUUGGUUACACCCUUGACGUACGUCAAUAAAGUAUUCAAAUAUAUAUCCACCACACACGAGCUGUACAAGCAGCGCCCCCUGGCGUCAGAUGUGUGUACAUACUGAACUGAUUCCCCUCAUCACAGACAAGCACACAUCCACAUUCACUGCCUGCCAGCGAUUCAGACGAGGGCGUAUGGACUCUGAAUGCAUUUCCCACUGCCCGUGAUCGUACUUUUCUCAUCACGCAGGAAUUACCGUUGAGUUCACACCUCGAUCAAUCACCGCUUCGCAUUUUCCCGCUGCAUUUCUCCACCUGAAGGCCUGUCACGGAGUAAAGUGGCUCGGCGAGCGUGUGUUUAGACAGCGGAGAGAGAGCAGCAGUGUGUCCCCGAUGGCUGGCUGGAAGGACGGCUCAGUGCAGGAGAAAUAUCGCCUGGUGGUCGUCGGAGGUGGUGGCGUCGGAAAAUCAGCCUUGACCAUCCAGUUUAUCCAGUCAUACUUCGUCACAGACUAUGACCCCACGAUCGAAGACUCCUACACAAAGCAGUGUGUGAUCGACGAAAGGCCUGCGCGGCUGGACAUCCUGGAUACAGCAGGACAGGAAGAGUUUGGAGCCAUGAGAGAACAAUACAUGAGGACAGGGGAGGGUUUCCUCCUCGUCUUCUCUGUCACAGACCGGGGAAGCUUUGAAGAGAUCUACAAGUUUCAAAGACAAAUCUUGAGAGUAAAGGACCGGGACGAGUUUCCCAUGAUUCUAGUGGGUAACAAAGCCGAUCUUGAACAACAGAGACAAGUCACCCAGGAGGAAGGCCAGCAGCUUGCCCGACAACUCAAAGUUACAUACAUGGAGGCCUCUGCAAAGAUCCGUAUGAAUGUAGACCAGGCUUUCCAUGAGCUGGUUCGAGUCAUAAGGAAGUUCCAAGAACAAGAGUGCCCACCCUCGCCGGAGCCCACGCGCAAAGAGAAGGAUAAGAGUGGCUGCCAUUGUGUGAUCGUCUAAUUGGCCUCUCACUGCCGUCACUCACCCAGCUGCUGUCACCAGUCCCCGCCCCCCACCCUGCCUUCUGACAUCACAUCCUGUGUGGAUGAACUCGCUGCCUUUCUACAUGUGCAUGUCUUUGAAACAGCAGUCUCUCUCAUAGCCUUAUCAGGGGCAUUUUAGGCCUCUAGGACUUCACUACUAGAAGAACCAAACUGACGAAAUCUUCAUCAAACCUUCAACUAGAGUACUGACAUCAGUGUGACUUAUAUUGCGAAUAGAAUCCAGUAGUUGUGCCCCAACACUAAACAUCGCUUCUUAUCAAUUUGCUAUAUAAACACACACCAAUUCUUUUUUUGUAUUUGAAGGAUUUUUUGUCUUGUGACAUAUGUACUUUUGAUGAACUGAAAAGACAACAGUGGGAUGGCUGAUGAGUAAAGCUUUAGUCCCACGAGAUCUAAUGUGAGACGAUGCUCUGAGGCUUUGUGUGUGUUUCUCGUGCCAUAUUGGUUUUUACUUCCGUAUGCUAAGCAGAAGUUGUACAUAAGUGAAGAUCUGUGUCUGCCUUUAUAAUGAUGUGUGAGGUUAAUGAGCUUGUUUGGACUUGCAUUAAAACAACAAUGUACUCGCAUAUAUGUACAUAGACAGCCUCUAACGCUAUGACAACAUUUCCCUUUGUCAGCAGUGAAAUCAAAUCAUUUUUAUUUUUGCCGAGAUGCCUUUAAGUUCAUCAGCCUUUGUCGUGAGACUUCUUGGCAUGUACGGAUUUGAAUCUUUUCCGUUCCGUGAUCUCAGAUUGUGAAUUGAAUUAUUCGUCUAGCCAGAUUGUUGAAGCCUUUUUGACUCGCAGCUUAGAUUUCUACAGACUGUCUUCAGACUCAGGUUGCUGCAUUCACACUGUUUUUACAUCAUUCUUACAACAGUCGCUCUCCCAGAAUAGUGCGCAAUAGAGCCGGGCCAUAUGAAGGUAUGUAGUGUUGCGGUCGAAAAUGUCAUUUUUCUAUUCUGUGUGUAUUGUAAAUACCUCUUAUCCUGCAUGUAAGACCGAAUGAGACAAAGAAACAUGGAGAAGGAUAAUCACACAGAUCAAGAGUACCCACACUCACCCAACAUUGGUUCAAAAACGGACAACAACAAUAGGCUUUAUGCCCAGCUGCACUACUUCCUGAACUUCAGCCAGCUCCUUGUUUUCUGUCUGUCAUUAUUGGACAAA